AUGGAAGGCGUCGACCCGGAUGCGAUUCUCCAGCUCGUCGCAGGCGACACUGGCAUCGAUCUGCCCAUACCCGAUGGUGAGAUGCUAGGCGCUGAAUCAGAUGGCUCUGGAUCAGGCUCGUCGACGAACACGGUGUCGAUGUUGCGACAGUUGCAGCAAACACAGCUCGAGGACGGUCCCGCGGACGAAGGCGCCCAGAACGAGGUCGCAAUUUCGAUAGUCUUCCAUCCGGGCGCCCUGCUCGACCCUCUGGCGUCAGACAUGACGAUCGAAUCUGCGGACGGCGUGUUCUUCAGCGUGCACUCUCACCGCCUUCUCGCCGCCUCGACCAAUGGGUUCGCUUCGCUCGUUUUCCCGCCCGCCCCGGGCGCUUCGCCGGAAAGUCGACACUUGCAACUUCCCCUCUCCGGCAGCGUGAUCAACAUCCUGCUUCACGUCGUAUACGGGAUCUCCCUCCAGAACUUCCGCCCGCCGAUCGAGGACAUCGACGCCGCCUUCAGUGCCCUGGACACGUGUGGUAUUCCCUUGAAGUCAAAUACCCUGCCCGGCACGCCGCUAUUCACGCUUGUCCUGAGCCAAGCGCCCGCACAUGGCCUCCAGUGCUUCGAACUGGCCGCGUCGCACGACCUUGAGCCGUUAGCGAUCGCCGUCUCACCCUACUUGCUCUCGCUUUCGCUUUCCGAGCUCACGGACGAAUCUGCGAUGCGCAUCGGUCCGGCGUACCUUAAACGGUUGUUCUUUCUCCAUCUUGGUCGCAUCGAUGCGCUCAAGCGUAUCCUCUAUGCACACCCAGGAUCGCAUGCGGCCACGCUUGAUUGCGAUGUGUUCGAUCAACGCCGUUUACAGAACGCUUGGGUGCUCGCUGUGGGUUCGCUGACUUGGGAACCUAAACCUGGACUUUCGCCUGGCGCUAUAGACUCGGCACUUCGCCCAUUAGGCGAGCAUCUCAGCUGCGAGCAGUGCAGAAACCGUCUUAACGAGCGCAUCCGCGACGUGCUCGUUCAGUGGUCGCUCGUCAAACACACCAUAUAG